CUUCCAUUACUGUAGGGUUAUUACAAUGCUCAUCUGUAUGGUUUUUGGAACUGCAGUUACACGAAAUUGCAAACAUCAGCAAUUCUCAUCUUUGAGCAGUGUUUCUAGCAUGUACAAGGACACAGGGUGAAACAAUGUAUAACCUGUAACAUUUGCCGCUUUCAGUGUAUCUUGUGUAGCUAUCAUUGUGUGUGAAUACAUGCAUUUUCUCAUGAAAACCAAUGAUGUAAUUACUAACCAAUUAUUGUGCCUUGGAGAUUUGUUAACCAAUAAUAAAGUAACACGCAUAGUAGGUGAGAACUGAGAAACUUAGAAACUAUAUAAACUAUGUCUGAUGCUCAAUAAAGUUGCUGUUGAUUCUACUCUUAAUUCUGCUAUCCGUGGAUGUUUUCCUUUCACUCAUCUCACACAUCUUCAGCCUCCGGGAAAUGAAUGCAACAUUUGGCGCCCGGAACAGGGACCCAUAUUUCGUCCAGGCAAGGACAGGUGCACCGUCAGCCUUUGGGCUGCUUCUCAAUCUUAUCUCUUAUAAGGUUUCUGUAAGUAUGGGUUCUUCGCUUUCUCAAGGACAAAGGAAGCAUGUAGAUGAUUUACUUUAUCUUCUUAAAAAGUCUGAACUUUCUGUUUCACAGAAGGCUCUUUAUCGGCUGGUACGAGAAAUUGCCUUAACUUAUUCAUUCUAUCCUGAUAGGGGUUCUUUAAAAUUGUCAGAUUGGGAAAAAGUUGGCAAGGUUUUGCAUUCUAAGAUAAGUUUAGAGGUAGAUAUUUUGCAUGCUUGGCAUCUAUGUAGACAUGCUAUAGAAAUGUUUGGUCGGAAGGAAGAGGAGCUUUCUUCUCCUGUAACACCUCCUUCUGACACUCUGCCUGAAAAGGAAGCUUUGACUUCUGACUCUAAAGCUGAAGUUUCUAAAUCUGAAGUACUUCCUUCUGCUUCCUCUGAUAUAGUAAUACCUUCUGCUCCUUCUGACACUGAAAUACCUUCUGCUCCUACUGAUAUUGAACAAAAGAUUUUGAAGCCUCUUUCUGAGAUUUUGAAACCUCCUUCUGAGAUUUUAAAACCUCCUUCUGCUUCUUCUGUUCCUUCUCCUUCUGUCUCUUCUGACAUUGAACAGAAAUCUUCUAACAUUGAACUGAAACCUCCUCCUUCUAAUAUUGUUCUAAAGUCUUCUUUUCAAAAGAUGGUUGAAAAUUGUAAGGCAGAUGUUGCUAUUUCUGGGGAAGAGUUAGCUGAAUUGUUGUCAGUAUGUCCAGUGCAAUAUCAACCAGGACCACAAGCUGGACAACAGAUUGCAGAAUGGGAAGGUUUGCCAUUUCAAAUUUUACGAGAGUUGAAGAAGGCUAUUUCUGCUUAUGGAAUUAUGUAAAUCUUCUCCCCCUUCCUCCUCCUCCCUCUCUUGUGCAUCCUCAGCCACAACAGGUAGCGCUGGGAUCGAUCUAAUUACUCAAGAAGACUUGGAUUUUAAAUUUCCUUUAGAAGUUAAACUUGUUUCUUCUCAAUACACUGGUCCUCUCCUUUCUGGAUUAGUUGGUAUUAUUUUACCUCGCUCUUCUGCUCAUAAAUUAGGAUGUUUUGUAGUUCCAGGAGUUAUUGAUUCUGAUUACACUGGAGUUAUUCUUAUGCAAAUUUGGGUUAAUAUUCCACAAUUUCUUCCUAAAGGAUCUUCUGUUGCACAACUUCUUUUUUUUCCUUAUAAGGUACCUAAUCCAGGUACUGGACAACGUGGUAAUUCUGGAUUUGGUUCAACUCUUAAUUCUAUAGGACUUCUUCAGUCUAUUAAUUCUUUUAGACCACUUCUUACUUUAUAUCUUAAUAAACAAUCUUUUCAAGGUCUGCUAGACACAGGUGCCGAUGUUACUGUCAUCUCCCUUUUACAGUGGCCUGUGCAAUGGCCUAAACGUGAUGUUCAUUCCUUAUGGGGCAUUGGUGGGUCUACAACUGCUUGGCAAAGCAUUCAUCCCAUAGUCAUCACAACUUCUGCUGGAUCCUGUUUCACGACCUUUGGUACUCUAUCGUCAACUUCCUGAUCCUGCCUGGCGUGGACCUACAAAACUUAUAACCUGGGGUCAUGGUUACGCUGCAAUUGAAGAUCUGCAAACGAAACAAGCUGUGUGGAUUCCAGGCCGAUGUGUUCAUCCUUAUCAUGGAAAAACAAAUGAAAACUCUCAAGUUACAACAUCCUCCACUCUUGACUUGGGACCAAUUUGAAGUUCAACAACGAUUCAACAAGUCCUUUCUUAUGUGCUGUUUUUUCUUUUUUUCUCUCUCUCUCUAUUUUCUGAUAAUUCUGAAGCAAUUAUUGAUUUUCCCCUUAGUCCUAAUCUUUGGAUUCGUCAUGCUCAAUAUAUGUUUUUGAUUCAUGGUAGUAAUAUAACUUUAUAUUAUGAACCUCCUAUGGCUUUUGGUCAAGUUGCCUUUAUUCCUAAUUUAGUUAAGUCUUCUGCUUUCAUUGUUUUGCAACUUCAACAUAUUUCUUCUUCUUGGUUAUUUUCUACUCCUCCAUAUGAAUUGAAUUUAGUUAAAUGGAAGUAUCUUUGUAUUAAUCAAUUUACUAGAGGUUUAUGUUUUUGUUGUUAUGCUCGUCAUAAUUAGCUUAAUAAAUGGUCUGAUUAUUCAAAAGCUAAACGUAUUUUAGAUAAAGUAGGGAAUUAUAGUUAUUGUAUUCAGAAAUAUUGGUUAUGGGGUAAUAUUAAUGAAACAUCACAAGGACAUAAUAUUAUACCUGAUAUGUAUCCUGAUGAUUUUCCUAUUUUUCAAGUCACUGACGUCUCUGAUAUGGGAUCAAGUGGAUCAAUCUGUGCUGGAUGGCAAUUAAAAGAUCCUGCUAUGUGGUUUUUCUUUGAUAAAUAUGCAACAAAUGUACACCCUCAAAACUAUCAAUGUGCUGCAAUUGGAUAUUUGUCUUUACCUGUACAAAUAGGUGUUUCUGAUAGAUUGUCAACUCGAAGGAGACGUGCGGUCAUGGGAUCAACAUGUUCUGAUGAAGUCAUUAUUGAUACUCAACUUUCUUCAUUGCCUACUUUUGGACGUGCUUUAGCUGGAGCCAUAACUGGAACUAUUACUUUGGGAUCAUAUCCAGGAAUAAUAGCUCAAGAAAAUAGACAUUCUGUUCUGGGACUAACAUGUCGAUUGGAGAAAUCUAUUAAUGCUACUGCUGCUAUUAUUUGUGAUUUGCAAAAUGAAAUCGAAGAACUAAAUUAAGAUUUGAUUCAACAACGCUUUGCUAUAGACUAUUUGUUAGCUCGUCAAGGUGGAUUUUGUACCUUGGUUGGUCAACAUGCUUGUGCUGUGCAUUUUCAUUCACUUAAUAAGACAAUUGAAGAUGAAUUAGCUAAUAUACAAGCUGAUAUAAAAAAUAAUGUACAUGUGGAAUUUUCUCCUUUUGCUUGGCUAACUGAUUGGUUACCUGAUCUUGCUUGGUUAAAACAAUUGUUUUUCUAUGGUGUAAUUGUAUUUGCAUUACUUAUACUUUUUUGUUGUUGUAUGCAAUGUAUUCCUACAUUUUUUGCAAUGUUUUGUAAGUCACCUCAAUUUACUUUAACCUUCAUUAAAAUAAAAAGCGAGGAAAUGUAGGGUUAUUACAAUGCUCAUCUGUAUGGUUUUUGGAACUGCAGUUACACGAAAUUGCAAACAUCAGCGAUUCUCAUCUUUGAGCAGUGUUUCUAGCAUGUACAAGGACACAGGGUGAAACAAUGUAUAACCUGUAACAUUUGCCGCUUUCAGUGUAUCUUGUGUAGCUAUCAUUGUGUGUGAAUACAUGCAUUUUCUCAUGAAAACCAAUGAUGUAAUUACUAACCAAUUAUUGUGCCUUGGAGAUUUGUUAACCAAUAAUAAAGUAACACGCAUAGUAGGUGAGAACUGAGAAACUUAGAAACUAUAUAAACUAUGUCUGAUGCUCAAUAAAGUUGCUGUUGAUUCUACUCUUAA